AUGACUGAGAAGAAGGAGCUCGACUUUUCUCUUGAAGGUGUCUCGACAGCAGCUCGAGGUCUGCGUGCGGAUCACGACGUACGUUACAAAGGUGGUGCUGUUCCUGGAUCAGUGUACUUCGAGAAUUGA